AUGAGGAAGGUGGAAGUAAGGAAUGGUUAUUUAUCAAUCCUGGAAAAAGAAGCUGGACAAAAUUGGGCUUGCUUCGUAGAUAUAGCUCGAAACUGUUACGAACAAAAUGUUGAACUAAUAAAAAGUCACGGUGUUUUGGUUCUACGAACGACUAGAUUAAUCAAGAGUUCAGAAGAAUUAUUUGUAUGGAUUGGAUCUGAUUUGCUUUCAGAAUUAGAGUAUCCAUUUUUAAAGCCCUUUAAUAUCAAAGGUAAUCAAGAUUAUUUCUGUCAUAAAUGUGGAAAAAAAUUUGAGAACCCAAAUCCACUAAAAGUUCACCUAUCACUUGAAUGUGUUUCUUUACUACAGACUAAGCCACGAAAUGUUCAUAUAGAACCUUUAAGCAACUCUCUCAGAAACUUUACGAUGAAAGAUAGACAAUUUUCAGUUUAUCCGGAAUGCACAGUUUCAACUCAAACUAUUUACAAUUCUAGUUUUCGUCCGAAAACGAAAAUAUCUAGCAACAUUUUCCCUCCAAAACUAUCUCCUGGUUGUUAUUCUGCAUCGAGCUCUAAUAGUUGGAUUGAUAAUCCAUUGAAGUCCGAUUUUCAAUCUCAAGGACAUGUUUGUCCCUUUUGUGGAAAAGUAUAUUCUCGAAAAUAUGGUCUGAAAAUACAUGUACGUACUCAUACUGGCUAUAAGCCAUUAAAAUGUAAGUUCUGUUUUCGACCGUUUAGUGAUCCUAGCAAUUUGAAUAAACAUGUACGUCUUCAUUCAGAUUCGGAUACUCCGUACAGAUGUCCGAUUUGUGGAAAAGUUUUAGUGCGACGAAGAGACUUGCAGAGGCAUAUGAAAUCAAGACAUCAAACUGAUUCUCUGAUAGAUUCAAAAGAGAAAGAUAGUGUGGAAGCAACCAAAUGAUUUAAAUAAUUUUAACUGAACGAUUGAGGGAGAACAGUUUGGAGUUUUCAAGGAAAUCGUAUUUUUUUUUUACAUAGCUUGAAAGUAUGUGCAGUGAGUAAAGAAAAAAAACGAGUACUAUAAUUUUUUUUGAUCUAAGAAUCAUACUGGAUAUUACCAUUAAAAUGUAAUUUCUGCUUUCGAUCGCUUAGUGAUCUUAGCAAUUCGAACCAACAUGUACAUCUUCAUUCUGAUUCGAAUACUCCGUAUAGAUGUCCAAUUUGUGGAAGAGUUUUAAUGUGAAGAGGAGAUUUACAGAGGCAUAUGGAAUCAAGACAUCAAACUGACUCCCUGAGAGAUUCAAAAGAGAAAGAUAGUGUGGAAGUAACCAAAUGAUUUAAAUUAUUUUAAUUGAACGAUUGAGGGUGAAAAAUUUGGAAUUUUCAAGGAUAUCGCAUUUGUUAUUUUUACAUAGCGUGAAAGUAUGUGUAGUACGCAAGAAAAAGACAACGAGUACUUUAAUAACUUUUGAUCUAAUGAUCGGAUUUUUGCAUACUAGUAUUAAAUAUUGAUGGGUCUAACUUUAAAAUGAUAGUUUAUUAGUGCUGGCGAUAUUUUAAGCUACUCACUAUUUCGCAAAACGUGCUUUCUCUGAAAAAUCAUCUUCGUUCUAUGGAUUUGGGUUCUUAACCCUCAAAAUAUUGGGGGCAACAGAUAUCUAAAAAAAUAUGGCCCCGAUAUUUCAGACAGGAGGAUGAUUGAAAGUUAGGGCACUUUUACUGUCAA